GAAAAAGAAAGAAGAAGAUCGUGUGAUUGGCUCGAGUUGGCAUACUGCCUAUCCACCGACGUACAUUGUAUUAAUAGUACAAUCAUACUCAUCUCCCUGCAAUAUCCAGUGAAUGCUUCUUCCCUCCCGAUCCCUGCACCGUGGUAUUUCGGAUAUCUCGUAGCCGCUCGUUACGUGCCAUUUAUAGUUGGUAAAAAACACAUCCUCCUCUGGCUCAUCAAGUCUUCUUCGCGUGAGGGAGUCUGUCCGACGUUCCACACUGGACACUAGCUGGUGGAGCGCUGCGUAGCUCCGUUGAUCACUUCUGCUGGGACAGGACAUAAAGAAUGUGAAAACUGUGAAAGGCAUUGAGAAAGCCUGUGCAUAGUCACGACGCAACAAAACAUGGCAGCCGCGUUCACUGCAUCGGACGUGUCCCGUGCGGGCAGAAUGGACGGCUCGCUUGUCAUGCAAGGGAUGACCACCACUACGUCGGACACCGGAAUACGCCUUGGCAUGCAGGACGUUGGCGACGCUGCUGGACCAUUACACGCGGCCGCAAUCAACGGUAUCAAAGCACAGCUAGCGGGCCUGCUGCAGUCAGGUGCGUACGACAUCGAGAGCCAGAAUCAGCAUGGUCAAACACCGCUGAUCUUCAGCGUACUCGGUGAUCGACUGGAGUGUGCUGAACUGCUGGUCAGAUACGGCGCAGAGAUCCACGUGACGGACAAGGAGGGCCGCACACCACUGCACUGGGCAGCGUACACCAACAAUGCCAAGAUUGCCAAGUUCCUGCUCGGCAAGGGUGCUAGCAUCCGAGAGAAAGACCUGGAUGGCAGAUCUCCAUUGCACCUCGCAACAAGCCACAAGUCCGGAAAGUGUUUGAAGGAGUUAUUGCGCCGAUCAAAGGCAGCCGAUGUCAACGAGGGGGACAAUGAAAAGAUGACACCAAUGCAUUGGGCGGCCUUCCACGGCAACAUUGAAGCGGUGAAGUUACUGUUUCGCAAUGAGGCUGACUUGACUGUGUCGGACGUGGAGGGCAAGACUCCUUUGCACUGGACGGCGGCAAAUGAGGACCCGACCUGCUGCAAAGCAUUGCUGGAGCAUUUCCCAGCCAUCAUCAACAUUGCAGACACAGAAGGCCGCACAACACUUCAUCUUGCUGUGGCAGAGAGCAACUACAUCAUUGUCGACACUCUGACAUCUAUGCCGAACAUCAAGUGCAAGGUUUCUGCAGCUGAUCGGAUGUUUCGAACUGCCCUGCACUGGGCUGCGGUGCUCGGACAUUCGGACAUUGCUGGUUUGCUGUUGGACCGCGGUGCUGACCCAUCGGCGGCAGACUCCACUGGCGCAACACCGCUGCACUAUGCUGCGCAAAACAACUUUGCAACGACCGUCGCAACAUUCUUGACUUUCGAUCACGUGCAAGACACACCGGACGAUGAGGGAAGGACAAGUUUGAUGUGGGCCGCCGGGCAAGGGAGCUAUGAUGUCAUACGCACCAUGCUGGAGCGCAAGAUGAAUGUCAACGCGCAGGACCAGACUGGUGGCACGGCGCUGCAUGCUGCCUCCUACGCUGGACAUACUAACUGUGUGCGCAUCCUUCUGCAGCACGGUGCCAAGGUGAACAGCGCCGAUCAGCUGGGGCAUACUGCUCUGUUCCGUGCCUGCGAGACCGGGCAGCUGGACGUGGUGCUGACGCUGCUGCAGGCCGGUGCGCGCGUCAACUUGGCGGACGUCGACGGACGCUGGCCAAUUCACUGGUCAUGCCUGGGUGGUCACGAUCAAGUCUGCACCGCUCUUAUACAGAGUGGCUGUGAUGUCAAUUCACCAGACACCUCAGAACGUACACCGUUGCAGUGUGCUGCCCAUGGUGGUCACAUGACAUGUGUGUCCAUACUGCUGGAGAGCGGUGCUGACCCAAACAAGCAGGAUAUUGAGGGUAUAUCAGCACUUCACUGGAGCGCUUCCCAGGGUCACAUUGAAGUAGUGCAGUUGCUAUUGGAGUUUGGAGCGUUCUGCAACCCGAUGGAAGUUGACGGCGACAGACUAACUCCAUUGGACUAUGCCAUCAUCGGCGAUCACCAGGAGGCAGCACAGUUCCUGAUGGAGCAGGGCGCACUCUCCAUCACGGGAAUACAGGAUAUGGCCGCUACCGCUAUCCAGUCGGCGUUCCGUGGCCGAACGGCACGCAAGCGUUUCCGUUCGAUGAAGAGCCAAACGGAGAUCAUGCGACGUGAAGAAGAGGAAAGACGAUUACAGCAGGAGAGUGCCAACCUUCUGCUCACGGAGACAGCACAGAAGAGACAACGGCAGGAGUUGGAACAGCUUAUUGCCCAUGGCAAGGACCGCAUUGCUAGGUUGGAGCGGGAGGUGGACGGUGGUCAGUCAUCACUGCCGCCUAUCGACAUUGCAGCCGGCAACAGGAUGGUCAAAGCAAGCAAAGACAAAGGUAAAGGAGUGCGUCUUCCCCCCAUAUCACAGCAUGGCCAGCUGACCUCAUCAGAUGUGGCUAUGGUACAUGACGAUGUGCAGCAACGACGUGAUGUUAUCCAGCGUGAGUACGCACGUCUGGCGGAGAUCCGUCGCAAGAACAGAGCUGCCAUGAUCAUACAGCUGGCCUGGAGAAAGUACUUGAGACGCAAGCUGGCCAAAGAACGUGCGAGAAAAUCACGCAAGAAGGCGGCACAGCUUGGCAAUCGUGAGUGGCGUCAGCAGGUCGCAGCCUUGACUAUACAACUGGCGUGGAGGCGAUAUCUGCGUCGCAAGCUGACGCGCGUGAAGCGUAAGAGACAGCGCAUACUGUACGAGUGGACUCCCAGCGUGAUGGCAGCCAAACAGCGGUUGCUCAUUGAGCAGAUUUACAGUCAUGAGCCAGUCAUUACGCAGUACAAGCCGCCGAGGCCGAAACCCAUGGCGCGACCACCUCACCUGCUGAACACGGCAUCCGCUGCAGCUACGUCCUACAACUUUGCGUUGGAUCACUACAAUCCCGUUGGACGGCAGCUAGGUGUCACACCGAGGCCCGGAACGAGGCAACUGGGAGCAACGUCGAGGUCCUCAUACCAGGCCUUUGCGUAUCCAUGGCAAAUUGCAGGGGCAGCGUCGAUGACGCAACAAUUCCAAGUGCUGGAUUUCAACUAGACCCGACCAGCAUAAUGUAUGUGCAUACACAAUCCAAGCAGAUAAUCACAGAUGUGCCAUCAUCACUUGUGGAUGGCCGACUGGUCGUAUAGCUUGCCUGCUAUCCACGGGCGCACUGGCUUUUUGAUGACCACACGCAACAUUCAUUUCAACUGCCUUGAGCAUCACACAAAACCUUGAGGCUGGCCGUGCUAGCUUUCUGCCGAUACUUUUGAAAAUAAUUUAGAUGCUUUCCCCGUUUCUGUAAGGCUGCACACACAUGACUGUAACGCUAAAGUAAUGCUUUUGCAGGCUAUUUCUGGGCAGAUCAAGUUGCUCAGUUCUGCCAUUUAUAAGUGCCCUGUAUCAUAGUUGAGAGGAGAGGAAUUCACCGUAGCCGCCUCUCCAGCGCAACACCGCAAGUCCGCCGUGUUACAGCCAUGGCUUGGGUCAUGAUGUCCUCGUCAUCAAGCUGGCUCAGUGCAGCAAUCUAUAAGAUAGUAAAUCUCAGCCAUUUUGGGAACUUUCCCAAUGGUUGUGAUCUUGCAGGAUGAGUUUCCCCUCACGGCAUGCACAUGUGCAAUCAUGUAUUGACUUGUGGUCAUCAACACUCCGCAUGUGCAUACAGUUACCCCGGCCAGCUUGGCAUAGCAGGGAAUAAUUUAACCGGUAUCACAUCGCAGUUUGCUACGCAAUUCUUCUGAGGUGCGAAGCAACUUCAGAUAUGUGUCGCAGAACACUGCGAUGCAUGUUGAUUUUCCACUA